UAACAGAGCUAUGUCACCACCCGAUCACUCGGAGAAUCCUCCUAGCUACCAAGCAAGCACUAGUAGCCCACCAUCGGUGGAGAUCUCGACUAGAGGACGGGGUUUUCCCACUAACUUCCAGUGGAGGACUUAUGGUACACUUCCUCAAGUAUCGCGCUCGAGAUCCUCCCCCUGCAAAGGAAGUUGCAACAUUCUAAAAUCUAUCAUCGGAGCCCUUGUGUUCCUUGUUGUCUGGCACUAUAUCUACUUCGAGUACGUGAGGCACCAGCAUCAAGUCUUUCUAGACAACUGGGAGAACGAGCGUCGAGCUUAUGAAGCUGAGACUGAGGUUUGGAACGCACGACGCAACGCUUAUAUACGGGAGAAACAAGGUUGGGAGACAGAGAGAAAGGGGCACAUUCGGGAACAAAAGGGGUGGGAGGUAGAGAGGAAGGUGCAUGCUCCAUAUUUCGAGGAGCCGGUGUUGAAGGUGUGUCCUGUCUGGCAUAUAACACAAGGGAGUAUAGAGCUACUCAUAUUGCACAAUUAUUUACUGAUGGACCAGUACUGACCAAAAUAUAUAGAACAGGUCGCAUUUCUUCCUGUCGGCCAUCUGGCAGUAUGGAGUCUUCCAGGAUGUAAGUUACCUCGUACCUACCUUUUU